AUUUUUAUUUCACUGAUGAUGUUUCGUAACAACUACCAAUUUUUACGUACACGUUCGUGGUGGUUUUGAAAUCGCUUUCCUUAAUUAAUUCGAGAAUUCCGAGCAACUCACGUGCGUGUUGGUUGAAAAUAUUGGGAGCGAAAGCAAUUUUGGUUUUUUUUUUCUCAAACGUUGCGAAUUGCACGAGAGCAUGUACGAUGAUAAUUGACUGUAUGCGGUGGUGAUUAAAAAAUGUUAUGAGUUUAAUUGAUUCUUCUUGCGCGGAUAAACGCGUCGUCACGUAGAGCUCGCGCGGAUUAAACGGUUAUUUUACGCGGAGAAAUCGAGCGCACUCUCACGUAAGACCGCUUUACGUCUCUAUCAUUGAACUGAUCAACUUCGCAAGUUCUUGGAAGAAGCGCAUUAUUGCAUGUGGCGAUAUUACAGCAAUUCAGCGACAUACCUGGGCGUCCCUGGUAAACGUUUGUCGUACCGUUUCGCAUGUACGGAGAGAGAAAAAUGACGCAUCACACAUUAUUAUUUUCGCGGAGGCUGUCACUAGCUUUAAUGCUGAUAGCGACAUGCGUCGCGACAGCGGAAUCGUCCGUCGGGGAGAGGAGGCACGUCGAUAUCGAGGAAUCUAGUCAACGAGAGGGCAAGGAAUAUGCGUCGGGAAACCGGGACGCGAGCAGCAGCACGUCGAACAACAAGAUCACCGCGGAACCCGGAAGGAAAGUGUCUCACCGACUGAUCGGGGGUCACGUGAGAUUCGAUUCGAGACGUCGUGACGACGGCGAGUCGCUGUGGGACGAUGGAAUUCUCAUGUCCGCGGCCGGCAACGGGAAGGAGGGAGGAAAAAGCACUCGCGGCGGCGGCGGCAGCAAUGACGACGAUGACGAAAAGAAAACGCUCUCUCAGCAGGUCAAGGAGGGCAAGUACGGGCUCAUACAGAACGAGAUUUACGGCAAGCAGCCGAAACGACCGGGCAUCAUUAGCUAUCUCGGUAAUCCCGAGGUGCCGAAGGACACGAUUGACAAUCUGGGAGGUCUUGACGAAGAAGAAAUCUGGUUAGCCGAGAACCACGUCUUGGUAUUGAGAGGCGGGAAAUUUCCUGAACACGAGGACGGGCAGCAGAAGGACGGUAGCGACAACGAGCAGCCGAAAUGGCCGCCCAUUGAUGAUUACAAGGCGCCCAGACGACAAGUCAAGAUACCGGCGCGGCCGAAGAUACCGCCGCCCUUUCCGGUACAGCUCACGGAGGGGGGACCGAUACAGAUCAUCGGUCCGAACGGCACCAGAGAGGAGAUCGGCAACAGCACCCUCGACUAUAGCACGGAUCCUCUCUACACGAAGGGACUUUUACCGGGAGAAAGCCCGUACUUUUCUAUCGCUCCCAACGGCACGAUAUUCGCUCCAGAUCUGACCGGUCCAUCGCAGAAUUUUUCUGUCGAGGAGAAGUCGUCCAAAAGUAACAAUGAACAAAUUGGAAUAAAGUCUGAGCCUCAACCACCGGGAAGUUUUCCGCCGUUCUACCACGCCAUACCGCCCGGCGCGGUCUUCGUGCCACCGCCGAGCAAUCAGUCGGAUUACGACGAAGAGGAUCAGUCAAUUUACUAUCCGCCACCGUACAGCUUCCACUAUCCGCAAGACAAUACGACCGCCGUGCCACCAGGACCGCUCGUGCCCGGCAUUAUACUGCCACCGCCACCAGAUUUCUUCUCACUAGACGACAAGAAGACCACCACAAAGAAAUACACGAAGCGGCCGACAACUACGCCUUCACCGUCUACGAGAUCACGACCGACUUAUCUGCCACCGAGAAAGUUCACGACCAAACAUCACAAGAGCUCGACCGUCCUACCAAGCUUAGUAACCAAGACAGGUCCACCUUCGAGCAGUGUUUCAGUAACCGUCACGAAGGUGUCUCUCGGUCGUACGACCAAGAACGCGACGAAGAACACCUUUGCGCCUAAGCAGAGAAUUAAUGUCGUGAAAGUCACAACGGAAACAUCCCGGAAACCGCAAACUCUCGAAAAUACAAACGAUGACACCAUCAGUCCCGUGAUUGGGAAUCAGGUGUCCGAGGCGACGACUCAACAGAAAGACUGGUCCACUCCGGUGACGAGCAAAGCGAUUCCGGUUUUGGCGUAUUAUCCGUCCACCACGCAAUCAUCGUUGGAGAGACCGGUAGAGGUAACUCCGGCUUCUAUAAAGAGCAUUAUUACCACCAGCCACCCGGGCCGAUCUCCCAACCACGCGUCCUAUUACUUCUACGAAGAAUCGACCGACGAGAACGCUGGCGUCACAUCGAAACCGCCUAUUUACUACGAAACUACCACAAAGUCGCCGUACUACAACAUCGACACGUCACGACCUCAGCAAGUCGAGCACAAGAAACAUUAUUACGCUGUCGAGACGAUCGAACCGGUCGAGACGCCCAAGGAUUACAAGACGAAGGUAAUCGACAACAUCGUGAAGAAUUCGCAAACGUUCCACUACACCGACGACUCGGAGUUCACCUCUUCAAAGUUCGGCGCUAACUCGACGCCUCGAGAUCAAAGUCAACGUAUGCUGGCCGAUCAAGCGCCGAUUUAUUAUCAGCCAUCGCAUCCGAAUCAUCCGCCGCAAACGUACUACACGACUCCGAAAUCGCAAACGUACUAUCGACAGACCACGAAACCGAAGCCGAUCUAUCAGUACAGCUUCCAGGUAGCGGAUUACUCGAAACGCGGCGGCCAGAGAUCGUCGUAUCACAGAGAACAGCAACAGGACGCAUCGUAUAGCGAGUAUCAGAACGUCAAUUCCGGCAUCCGGCAGUACGAGUACGAGGACAUCGACACCCCGCGGAAACGCGUACCGUACAAGACACAGUAUCCGGUUUAUCCCGCGAAUCCGACUAUUGUAGAAACAACAGCCAAUCCGCAUCACGCUUAUUUCACGCAGCAAGACGAGAAAUUGCUGGACGAUGUCACGAAAGAAUACUUCACGAUCUUUGGCAAGAAACUGACGGACACGGGAAUAUCGAGCACGACGCCGAUUUACGGGAAAUCGAGCAGCGUUACGGAGAAACCCACCCACGACGUGAACACCUACGUGCCAAACGCGUACAAGACCGGUCGACCGGCGACCACUUAUAAGACGCCCAACGUGAAAGUGCAGUACGGCGAUCAGUCGCACAAACCGUAUUCGCUCAAAGACGACACUUUGGUGAACUAUCAACAACCUCUGCCGCCGAUCAACCCGGACAGCGAGUUUAUCGAGGUGAUCGAGCCGAAACCUCGAUCGCACCGGCCGUCGCCGUUGCCCAGCUACGAGAACUACCGACUGCAAAGUCAGGAAGUUCACCAACACCAGCGACCAACUCCUCGUUACAGGAUCCAGAACACGGUGCAGCCGGCGAACGAACAACGUACCAACAAUUUCGUGCCUCUCGCUGAGUCGCGGGAAGAAUUGGAAGAGAUCCAAGAACCCGUGUCGCUGUUGGACGACAUCGACGUCAACUACAGAAACCCACGUCCUCCGAUUAAUCCUGACGCUGAAUUCAUCGAUCCUGUCCCAGCUCAAGACAUCAAUCACUCGGACAAUCCCAACGCGUAUUUUGCAUACCGUCUGCCCGGCGAUGUCAGCCACUUUUAUUUCCUGACGCCGCAAGCGAUUACGCAACGACAGGAUCAGAACGACGGAUAUGUGUAUCCGAAGCCGCGGGUGCCGAGAUUACUUAGACGCAGACGGCAUCGCCAGGGUAGCGUCUGAACGCGCGUUUUCCCGUAGCGCUUUCAACGGCAGCCCCAUAAUAAUGCCAUAAAUCUCGCGCAGAUCAAAACCUGCGCCCGCGUCGCGGUUUUCUUCAGCAAGGCGCCGCAUGUUUUUAUAUAAUUUAUUGUACUUGUAAAUACGAAUCGAUUAAGUUAGAUAAUUAUAACGUUGUGUUACACGAGAGAACUGCUUAAUUUAUUACGCAACCCGACCUUCCCGCUUUAGAACGACUUGGGUGCGCGAUGUCGCAUACUGUGUAUCUUACAGACGCGACCGUGUACUUGCGCAUUGUCUGUGAUUACCGAUGAAAGUUAGACAUAUAUAACAUGCAGUUGCGAAUGAUAUGCUUUGAUGCGCUUCAACAGACUGCUCUUUCGCAACGUUUUACGUUUUCUUUUUACAAAGUUUUCUCUACGUGCCGAAUAAAAUCAGAAAGAGUAAUUUCGCCGCGUAUCUCUAUUCAUUAUACGAGCCGAGGUUAGAAGAAUCUUUUAUAUGAAUUAGAAUGUACAUGUUUCUCCCUUCCUAAACUUAUUUAUGUACUCUUGUAUAUUCUACUACAUUAACGAUAUUAUUUGUAAUAAUUCUUAGUGUCAUACGAGAUAUUUUUCAAAUAAUAAUGUAUAUGUACAAAUAUACCAAUAAAAUCAAGUACGCAUGUAAAUGCGAAGCGAAUGUUUUGUAAAUUGUUUUAAUCUACACACGUUUUGCGAAACAAUCCUUUUCCUAAUUUUAUUUCUUUCGACAUUAUUUAUUACGU